AUGACCUGCAAUGUGUCUGAAACGGAUUCGUGCGGAGAAGGAGGUAUUUGCGUUAGCUCUGUGGUAAAUGUCAGUUCUUGUUACUGUAGCGAGGGCUAUGUUUUCAACGAUAGCGGUCUUUGCGAAGUACCAAGAAUUCCCAUGGCCUAUUCUGCAGUGGCUUCUUUUUGCUGGCUGUGUUUUCUGCUCGUUUUGGGAAAGUUCCUUCGUCUCUACGUAUGGUUCUUUCAACAGCUUUACCUCCCUGCCUCAGUCAUCGGUGGCAUCAUCGGGCUGGUUGUGCUCCAAGUAGCUCGUCUCGAUCAAAGCGUCUCACAAUUCAUGGCACUGAAUUUUACCAGGGGAUGGUAAGAUAUUUAUAUUUUCUGUUACAGAUUAGCAAAGAAGGCUAAAGAAUGAAUAGCGCGGCUCUCGCUUGUUUACUCGACGAGGCCAAAAUGAGAAAGAACAAAGAUUUGAUUCGAGGGCUUUAAAAUUAAAACAAAAUUCAGUGUUCACCUUUGAUAUAUGAGAUAUUGGAAUUCUGUCCUCUUGAAUGAAAUAAUAUUAUUUUCUCUUCAAAGGCAAAAGAAACGCUUUACAAUCUCAAAUUUGAAACAAAUAUUACAAACAAAUCUUGGUAUCCCGCAGAGCACUUCUUUCACCCAGUUACCCACCCCGCGCGAUAAUAAAGGUAUGGUCGUGUUGAAAGUAUGCGCACUGGGUCCUAUUGUUCUCUACUGUCUCUGUCAAGACGAAAAGGGCGCGCGGUUAUAGGACUACAGCUGAAAUCACACAAGCUGCAUAUUGUUCACCCACUGUUGUGUUCUGUUGGGUAUGAUGCGUGGUAAUUACCAUUCAACACAAAGGCAAUUUUUUUUUUCGAUCGUUUCCUGUGAGUGUGAAUAAAUUUCAGGGCUGUCUCUGUGGGUAACGUUUGUGGAAAAAAUAAGAACCAAGGUCAUCUUCAACGUGUGUUACUAGGAAAGGUAUGGAAAUGGCAAAUUAAACAGGAUAGCUUUAUAGGUAAUACAGUUUUUCUGAUAAAAAUCCUGGUAAUACAUGCAAAAUAUCGGUGCGUAUAUUCAUAAAAAUCUUUAAGAGAAAAGCGACGUGAGAAGUUAAUUUCCAUCAAAAAAGUGAGACAGUAGGAAGCCCCGUACUUGCGGCAACUUAAAUUACUGGCAUUAUUUAUUGAAAAAAAAUCAUUAAACUGGCUGCUUUUUUCCUGAGUUAUGAAAGAUUUUUUUAAGAGAAAGGCAUUCUUCCAGUUUUUCCAUUCUUCCGUAUUUCAGAUGUAUUCUUCACUUUCUACAUGCAGAUUUUAUGCACCACGCAAGCGACGAGUCGCUGUAAUAAGCACCUGAAAUUUCGCCCUCAGGGUUUCUAGAUUGCUCUACUAGUCGAAGACCUGGAGAUAUAAAUAAACUCGUAGAAUCUACUAAUUAGUAAAAUAUAUUCACGCCCAAAUAAAACCAACUUUACAGCUUGAUUUGAAGUAAGUAUUCUACCACUUGGUUGGCGCAAUAUCGUAGAAUUAUAAAGAUUGUAUGUCCUUAACGUCGAGUUUUAAAGGUAGUCGAUGUGCAUGCGCAAGUCGUGACCAGUGAAAAAUGAUAAGCCUAACAGGGGAGAUUGGGCCUGUUUGCCAAACUUUUCUUGCAUGGAAACAUGGAAAAUUAUUCAUAAAAUAAGACGAAAAACUCAACUUGAUACAAAAAAAAAAAAAAGGAUGAAAUUGAAAAGAGAGGUCCUUAAAAUUUCUCAGGGUAAGGAAAAUUUUUGGAUCCCAGUUAGAUAUUGACACAGCUACAAGUUUUAGUAUUUUCUUUUCUGUUUUUCAGGUAUAAUCUGGCAGGAUUUCUAAUAAACAUUGUUUUCUCCUCCUUGUUCCUCGGCACCCAAAUCCCUAAUGUGAAGGUGAUAUGGACACAGGCUGGGCCUCAGCUCAUGUACGGCAUGAUUAUUGCUUGGGGACAGUGGAUUGUGGCACUUGUUGUUACAGGUGCUCUACUGGUGAGGGUGCAUGCAGGCAAACCAAAAUUGUAUGAAGCAAGUUUCUGUCCUCGUUCUUUUCUGUGACUUAUGUCUUGUUUUAAUCUGUUACCAGAAGAAAUUACCUUUGUCUUUUCAAUUGAUUCUUAUUAAUUAAAUCAUUAAGCAAUAGUUUAAAAGGUUUCAGCAAAAAGAUACUUUGUAAGUGAUUGUGUCAUUUUCCAAGUUGGAAAACUCUUUCCCAGACCCCUAUGGGAACAAUGUGUAUGUUACUCACUCCCCUCCCCCCACCCCACUACCAGUCUCUAUAAAUGAUCCAAACUCAUUCUCAAGGUCUCUCCUUUUGGACGUGACUAGAAAAGAGAGACCCCAAGAAAAAGCAGUCAGUUAAAGUUCCAGCAGUAAAAUUGAUGCUCCUCUUGCAAACUGUCAGGGAGUUUAGAGAUAUAACCAUCCAGUACCAACCCUAUAUUUUGUGACUAGAAAAGAGAGACCCCAAGAAAAAGCAGUCAGUUAAAGUUCCAGCAGUAAAAUUGAUGCUCCUCUUGCAAACUGUCAGGGAGUUUAGAGAUAUAACCAUCCAGUACCAACCCUAUAUUUUGAUCACAAACUUUACUACCUGGCAAUAAUUAUGUUUAUUGUCUAUUUUAAUGCAUCGCUGUCAGAUGCCUGUUUUUGGUGUCAGUCCAUUAUUUGCGACCAUUCUACCAGUGGGGUUUGCAGGAGGUCAUGGGACUGCAGGAGGACUCACACCCACAUACAAGACAGUAAGCCAUGUUCAUGCUGAUAGCUGUUCUGUAUAUCACUAAGCACCUGCAAUAUUUGAAAUGAUACUUACUUGGCUUUCUUCAAGUUUUGAAAUAAGGUGCACAUCGCUGAAAAUUUCCCAAACAUUGUUUAUCACCAGAAACAAAUAACCUAACUCUAUAGGCUGUAUGCUUCUGGUACAUAACUCUAUCCAGAGUGUCGUGACUUGGUGCGAUCUUGAAUUGUUGCCUGAUUGUGGAAGUAGUCAACAAACACCAACAAAAUAAACAGCUUGUCUGCAGCCAUUUUGUUUCAUACUCUGUCAUUCCAUUGAGAGCCAUGAAAUUUUCCAUAGUAAGGAUCAUUGACUCUAGACCAAACCUCAACAUCACUGCAUGGUUUCUUUCCACCUACUGCUACUAUCUUUUGUUUUUCUUAUCAUAUUUCUUUCUUAGUUUUUAACAAGUCACUGAAGUCUUGUGUGAACUUUGUAUUGGACUGAUUAGUGGCUUUAGACUUGGAUUGAAAAAAAUUAAUUUUAUGAUUAUCAUUUUCUCUUUAUUUUUUAAGCUGGGGUUCCCUAAUGGUGGAGAUUUUGGUUUGGCCAGUGCUACCUUAGGACUUGUUUUUUCUGUUAUCUGUGGUGUUAUGUGGGUUAACAUUGCUACUCACAGAGGAUGGGUCAAGCAGGAAAGAAUUGAUGCUUCUAAGGAAGUCAAAAUAUCUAUCAGGUUUGUGGAUGAUAUUUUAAAUAUGUACUUAAUGUUGUCAUUAAUAAACGAAAAGCAUUAAAUGACCAGACAGACUGACGGAUGGUUUGAUAUGCUGCCUGGCUAACUGAAUGUCUGUCUGUCAUACUGACUGAUGGCUGAAUAACUGAAUGACCCUACUGAACAACUGACAGACACAUUUGAUGAGUGAUGAUUUACCAUGUCUGACUGACCAAUUGGCUGACAGACAGUUUACUGAUACACCAUACCAGAUAGAUAUCUGUUUGACUGGUCAACUGAGCAGGUGAUUUAUCAACUGACCUGAUGUUAUCUUUGUUUUAUAGACCUUUAACCCUUAAACUCCUAAGAUAUGAUUGUCAAUUCUUCCCUUUAGCUGCUAUCUAUUUUUUUGUAAAUUAGAUAGAAGAAUUGGGUGUUAGAUCAAGAUAUAAACUUCUAACGGAUAAGUUUAAUUAUUGCCAUAACUUGUUUGUCAGAUACUGAUUGGAUAUUAUAGAGAGAAGUUCAAUGUUAAUCACUUCUGGAGGUUAAAGGGUUAACACAUAAAAAGAGACUGACCUCAGUGAACUGCCUGAUCAGUUGACUGACAGACAGAGAAUGAAUGGAUGAAUUAAUUGCAACAGAGACAUCUCCUUUUUUUUUCAAAUUUUCAUAGGGGGGUGUAUGCUGUAGAGAGCCGUCCCUCAGCUGGAGUGCAAACUGUGCGAGCAAGCUCCAUAGAUGUGUUGGCAUUCCAUCUUGCAGUGCUUGGAAUAGCCAUGUUAAUUGGGUAUGGCCUGAAGCAAGUGUUGAUUGUUAUUGAAAGUACAUCACAGAAGCUCAAGGAUCUUAACUUUCUCUCUGGUAUCCCUCUGUUCCCAUUGUGUAUGGCUGGGGGAAUAAUUAUCCAGGUUAGGAUGGUUAAUCUUUGUUCUUAAAUACAAUAUCUUUGUCCAACAGUCUAUAAUAGGUCUCUUCUCUAGUUACACUUUCAGUACUGCCAAACUGUGAGAGAAUUAAGUAAGAAGUAAACUAAACAACUUCUUAUAAAUCACAAUUUAUGAUUUGGUGUCCAAAAACCAAUCAAGGGCAUCAAACCAUGAAACCUGAACUUGAUUAUUAAUGUGGUUAGGACAAAUGUCUUAAGCAUAAGAGUUUUGUGGAUGGCCCAUAUAUGAUAAAGAUGAAUGGUUUAGUUCCUGAGUAAUGAUGAAUGUCUUUCUCUUUGAAGCUUGCUGUUGAGAAAAUCCAGAGGAUAAAUGAAUUGAUUGAUGCAUCUCUCAUGGAACGCAUAGCCUCAACUUCACUGGAUUUCCUUGUUACCUCAGCUAUUGCUACAGUUGAUGUCUCAGCUGUUGCUGUUGACAUUGCCCCCUUAUUGAUCCUGUGCACUUGUGGCUUCAUCUGGAACUUUGUUAUGCUGGGUUGUGUUUCAAGGUUUCUGUUACCCAACCACUGGUAUGUGAAAAAUACUAAUUAGCUCAAGUUUGAUAUUUCAGAAUUGACAGCCAAAAAUAAUAGUCAAUAUAGCAAGGAUCUUAGGAAAAAUAUGCAAAAACAAUAUCUUUAAUCUCCCAGAUCUGUACUGAGUAGAUUGUUGUUUAAUGCUGAGGUUUAUCAUAUCAAAACCAUCGAUCUUAUACCCCAUUCACACAAACAAAACAUGUUUUGUUAGGUUAACUGAAUGAAAACCAGAAAGAGAGAGCUGAAAAACUGAACUCUCCAUAAAUUUUAAUUGGUCACUAAUUUGUAUGUUCAAUUUGCUAAAUCUGAUGUAGACAAACAUUGGUUUAUACAGUUUCUACAAAGAAAACAAUUUAAACCAUGUUUAAGAAAACAGCUCUAAAAUGUGUUUAACCUUUGGUGUGAGGGGAGUAUGGAACUGUCAAUUAUUUGCUUAGUUCCUCUGCCUUUAAUUUAAAGAGAUUAUGUUAAGAUAACUGUCUACGCAAAAUCAUGUAUUCUCUCUCUUCUUCUUUUCUGUUUUCUAAUUGGAAUUUAUGCACUGUGCCAGAAGAAAUUUAAUUGGAUCAUUGUACAAUUUAACUCUUUAAAUGAGCAUUAUCUAGCUUUACCUUUGAACUUUGAGGCGACCAGGCAUUAUGUUUUAAGGUGUAACCAACCCCACAGGGACUCCCAUGCAGUUGCAGAAUGCAAAUUCCACCAUAUAAUACAACAGUAUUUACCAUAUGUGUGCUACAUGUGAUUAUAUUACUUCCUCCAACGGGAAAAUAUAGACAGAAAUUAUCUGUUGCAAAAAGUGAGGAUUAAUUUCUUUAAGGAAAGUGGUCUUAAAAGAUCUAACUAAAGAAUUGGACUCUGUGGUAUUUGACAAAAAAUUGAUACUGGUAAGUUGUUGCUCACAAAGGCUUUACUUUAAUUUUUUUGUUUUUGUUUUGUUUCCAGGUUUGAAAGAGCAAUUGCAGACUUUGGAAUGAAUACUGGUGUGAUUGCAACAGGGCUAAUUCUAUUACGAAUGGUGGAUCCAGAGUGUCGCACUCCAGUUCCUGCUGAUUUUGCCUUCAAACAGCUUCUUCACUCUCCAUUCAUGGGCGGUGGCAUCUGGACUUGCUUGGCACUUCCCUUGCUGAGUGUUCUGAAGUAAGAAAAAUAGUGCUUGCAAAGACUUCCCCACCCCCGAAGCACAGACAAUGGUCAAAUGUCUGUGGGUUGCUGAAUGUUAAAGCUUUAAUUUGAUCAGCAGGUUUUUGACCACUCAGAGCAUGUUCAAGUUAUCUUUAAUGGAUUUUAACAUUAUCUUCAUAUAACACCUCAUCACCAGUUAAUUUUCAAGGAAAUGUAAAGCCAAUAGGAGGGCAAAUUACCAAAUAAACAAGAUCUGGGGAGUUUAAAUGUCAGAUGAAGUCAACUUUGUCUUUUUUUCUUUCCACACAGUAUCUGGGUGGUUACUGUCAUUGCAGCAGCUGUGUUCAGCUUAUGGCUUUUAAGCUUUUUGUGAGUGUUAGAUUUGUGUGUAUUGGACAUGUACUAAAACUUUUGAUGAUUUUUCUCAAAGAAGAAAUUCUGACUUAAAUCUUGUUUCAAAUGAAAAAGUUAAAAAAAUAGUUUUACAAAAGACUUAAAAUAGCUGUAUUUAAGAUUUGUGGAAACUCUUUUAAUCUUUCAGUUUCUACUUUCGCAAGCACUACACUGAAACAUGUGGCUGUGGUCUGUGUGCUGAGGAGAAGCCCACAUCUUUUUCAAAUCAAGUUGGUUAUGGUGGUCUACAGGAAAUGGGCAGUCAGGAAAUGAAUGGCGUAUGUGUUGAAGAUGAAAAUGGCGAUAAAUAA